AUGCCUAAAAACCCUGAUGGCAGAGAUGGUGGUUCAUCGGACGAUCAGAGAACUAAUUCUCCUCCUCAAACAUCUCCCAUAGACCGCUUUGAUGGUCCGAGGUUUCCAGAAUCAACUGAUCUGAUGGAUGUCGAUCAUUCCCUUCGCAAUGGCGUUGAUCACUCUAUUGCUGAUAUUCUUUUGCAUUAUCCAGCCAAGAUUUUAGCGGGGAUAUCAAGUGGCGGGGUUGAAGUAAGUGGUAUCGUCUCCCCUCGUGAGGGACAAAGGAUUGAGGUCGCAGAAAAUCCCCCCUUGGUUGUUGAGGAUGAGGAAGGCCAUAUCAAACCAGUUCCUCUGGAAGGAUUUGAUAUGAAUUCUGCCAUUGUUGACGAAGUUGGAUUAGCUGAUACCCAUGAUUUUACAGACGGUGGAGGGCUUGGAGAGACUGGCGACGUCGGAAGAAGCAUUGAUCUGCCGGUCUGCGCGGGUAAAUCAUCCGGAGAAGUUCUUGGGGGGAACUGUGUUUCCAACACUAAUAUUGUUAAGGUUGUUGAUCAGUCAGGUCUUGGAGUAAUCCAAACAGAUAGCACUGUGAAAUACCCUCUUCCCGUAGCAGAGGCAGAGCGGAGGUUGGAGGACACAGCUGUAACCGGUAUUGGGUCCGGUAGUAAAGAUCUUAAUAACCCCAUGGUUAGUUGA